AUGGUACAAAAAAAGAGAGUUGUAAAAGCCCAAUAAAAAACUAAUUCUGCCUAAAAGAAAAAGGCCUCUAAAGAUGAAGAACCAUCCUUUGAUAAUAUGAAUUAAGUUAAAAACGAAGAUUCCAAGUCUGAAGACAGUCUAUCAGCAGUUGGUGAAGAUGAGGACUAGCACAUGAAUGAGAUGCUCAAUAAAUAUGGAUUCAGGCAUUUUGUAGAACUCGACAUGACACUUCCUUCUGCCGAAAGAGAAAUAAUCAAAGAUUACUAGAUGAGCUUCAUUGAUCGUAAUUACCAGGCAAAGGCUAAUUUAGAAUUGGGAGUAGGUGAUUCAAAGGGCGAGAAUAUGAUCAAUAAUCCCGCUUUUCCCAAGCCCAAAGACUUGUAUGACUCCAAUUCUGACUAUGAGUGCACUCUUUCAGAUGUAAUUAUUUAUUUGAAAAAAUGCGGGUAUCCAUUAGAAAAUUGCUUUGUAUCCUUCCACUCUCCGAUUUUCACUGCUUACAUUAAUUGCGGACUUGAUCCUUUACCAAGUUCAAUUAAGAUAACCAAGGAAGAUUUGACAUAAGUUCAGUAACUUGAUCACGAAGAUACUUUCAAAUUAAUCCUUAAAUUCUAAUGGGGUAUUAGAUCUGAAUAUAAAAAUGAUGAUGAAGGUGCUCCCAUUUAGGAAUCUGUGAAAGAAGAAGUUAUGACACAAUCUGGUAGAACUUAGAGAAGAGUAUCCACUCUAACCCAGUAGUCACAGCAUGAUAAAGAGCAUAAACGUACAAAGGAGAGAACUAUAGGUUAUAUUAUAGAAAAAGUCUCACAGUGGAGAAAAUUGUACAAUGGUUAUAUGGAUGAGAAUCAUCAACUUAGAAGAAUGAGUUUAGAAGAUGCAGCAGCUAAAGUUCAGGUGAGUAAGAAGAGUCUUGAUGAUUAUCUUUCUCAACUAAGACAAGGAAGAGCUCUGGGAUUCAACUUUAAUGAGCAUAAGGAUGAAAAAGUAGGCUACUUGAGACAAUUUGUAAAAGAAAAUUCUAUGAAAAACUAAAAGUCAAACAGUAAAAAGAGUUCGUAUCAUGAGGGAAUAGCCCAAGCAUAGUCUUAAUUGGAGUUGUCCCGGAAAUCAUCAAAGAAAUAGGGAAGAAAAUGA